AUGGCAGCAACACAAACCGAGGCGUCCUCUUCGAGUGCCUCGCAAGCAGUGGCAAAUGUCGGCAAGAUUCUGCAACCGGAAUGGCAGAUUCCUAUCAAACAGGUCCCCGAGCCUGAGCUCAAGAUGUACAACUCGCUCACUCGCACCAAGACCCCCUUUGUGCCAAAGAAGGGCCGAACUGUCACAUGGUAUAACUGCGGUCCGACCGUCUACGAUGCAAGCCACAUGGGUCACGCACGAAACUACGUCACACAAGACAUCAUACGUCGUAUCCUCCGUGACUAUCUCGGCUAUGACGUGCACUUUGUCAUGAACAUCACCGAUGUCGACGACAAAAUUAUUAUCAAAGCGCGUCACUCGUACCUCCUCAAGCAAUUCCGCUCGCAGCAUGCUCAGCUCACCAAGCCUCUCCUCGCCACCGUACAAGAGGCAUGGUCUGCCUACUUCGUCAAGAACCUCGAACGCUUUGCUCCGCCUGUGCCGCCACAAGAGCAGCAGGGCGGAUUCGCCCAAGAAGCAAACAAAGCGAGAGCAGGAGAGGCAGGAUUUGAAGAGAUCGCGCGACUCCGCCAGGAUCCUGCGUGGCUCAAAGCUGCUUCUGAAAAGGAACCCAAGUUUGGCAUGUGGUUUGCCGCCCUUGACAAGUCGCGUCAAGCUCAGGUGGCUGCCGCCAUGUCGCUCGCUGCUGCCGAUACUUCCGGCCAAGCUGCUUCCGAUCUCAUCGAUGCCUCCCAAGAUGUUCUCGCCGUUUUUCUGGAUAAUCAAUUCGGCAGCACCGUCACUGAUCCUGCCAUCUUUCGCGACACUGCUGCUUACUGGGAGGCGGAAUACUUCAACGACAUGAAGCGACUCCAUGUCGAACCUCCCACCACGCUCACACGCGUCAGCGAAUACGUCCCCGAGAUUGUCACGUUCGUGCAGCAGAUCAUCGAUCGUGGCUUCGCUUACGCGGAGGGUGUCGACCAGAACAAGAAAAACGUAUGGUUUGACACACGCGCCUUUGACGGUGCAAAGAGUCAGGAUGGCAGCUUCCAGCAUUCUUACGCCAAGUUGCAGCCAUGGUCUAAGGGCAAUCGCGAGCUCCUUGAGGAAGGCGAGGGCUCCUUGUCGACCUCGACAGCUGCUACCGCAGGCAAGCGCGCGGCUUCCGACUUCGCGCUUUGGAAGUCAUCCAAGCCUGGUGAGCCUGCAUGGCCAUCGCCGUGGGGUCCCGGUCGUCCCGGAUGGCACAUAGAGUGCUCCGUUAUGGGCUCUGCUGUGCUCGGCGAGACCAUGGACAUCCAUUCGGGUGGUGUCGACCUCAUGUUCCCUCAUCACGACAACGAGAUUGCCCAGUCGGAAGCCCACCAUGGCUGCCGUCAGUGGGUCAACUAUUUCCUCCACACCGGUCAUCUUCACAUCGAAGGUCUUAAGAUGUCGAAGUCGCUCAAGAAUUUCAUCUCGAUCGAUGAGGCGCUUGAACGCUUCACCGCACGCCAGCUUCGCAUGUCGUUCCUCCUCCAGCCUUGGCACGGACGCAUGGAUUUCAAGCAAUCCGCUCUGGGCGAAGUCAAGAACGCCGAGUCCGCUUUCAACAACUUUUUCGUCAGUGUCAAAGCUAAAGUGGCUCAAGCAAAGGCGCUCGGCGAUGCGUAUUCAGACGGGCAGCAUCAUUAUGGUGCUGCUGAAAGGUCGUUGGUGGACAGUUUGGAGGAAGCGCAGCAUGCUUUCCGCCUGGCCAUGUGCGACUCGUUCGAUACACCCAAGGGAAUGGAGAUCCUGUUGGAUCUGGUCAGCAAGGCCAACAUCUACGAGAAAAGCCUCGAGAAGCGUGCCGAUGUUAACGUCGGUGUCCUCACUGCUGUAGCGCGCUAUGUGGGAGACAUGCUCAAGAUGCUCGGCCUCGGUGAAGGUGCUGCCCUGUCUGCCAGCCAGGAGAUUGGAUGGGGUGUAGCUGAUGAAUCGGGUGAUGUUUCUGCCGCUGUGAACAAGGAAGAGCUCCUCAUGCCCUACCUGCGUGCGCUUAGCAACUUCCGUGAUGCAGUACGCAACCUCGCACGCAGCUCCGCCCCGGCCUCCGAGUACCUCAAGCUGUCGGAUGCGCUUCGUGAUAACGACCUCGUCGACCUCGGCAUCUCUCUCGAAGACACUGAAGACGGCCAGGCGCUCGUCAAGCUCGUCCCUGCCGCCCAACUGCAAGCUGCCAAGCGCGAAAAGGAAGCAGCUGCCGCCGAGAAGGCGGCGAGAAAAGCGCAAGCUGCCGAACAGGCGAGAUUGAAAAGGUUGGAAAACUUGGAAAAGGGUCGAGUGGCUCCGGAUCAGUUGUUCAAGACGGAUGACUUCAGCGAGUGGGAUGAGAGAGGCCUGCCAACCAAGGAUAAGCAAGGCGCAGAGUUGGCAAAAAAGAGAAGGAAGAACUUGGAAAAGGACUUUGACAAGCAGACAAAGUUGCACAAGGAGUUCCUGGAGGCCAAGCAGAAGGGCGAGAUUCAGUAG